CCUCAUCUCCUCUCUAUAAAUUCCCCUCCCUUCCCUGCGUUCCAAGCUCGCUUCCUUCUCUUCAUUUCCCAUACCGUUUUACAUCUCUUUCUUCUUCUUCUUCUCCUACCAUGGGUAUCACCUCCAUCGCUUCCCCUUUCGACGCCAUCAUCUUUGAUUUGGACGACACCUUGUACCCCUCCACCACCGGAAUCGACCGCUGCGUCAAGAGGAACAUCGAACUCUUUCUCAUAGAGAAAUGCGGAUUCUCAGAAUCCAAAGCGCUCACUCUCCGAGUUGAACUGUUCAAAACCUACGGAAGCACCCUCGCCGGUUUGCGAGCACUUGGCUAUGAUAUCACCGCAGAUGAAUACCACAGUUUCGUGCACGGAAGGCUACCUUACGACUCGAUCAAGCCUGAUGCUCAGUUACGGAACCUCCUCUGCACUAUCAAACAAAGAAAAAUUGUUUUCACCAAUUCGGAUAGGAUUCACGCGAUGAGGGCGUUGGAUAGGCUUGGGAUCAAGGACUGUUUCGAGCAAAUUAUUUGCUUCGAGACUAUUAACCCGAAUCUCCCCAACGCGACCCGACCCGACGAAUUUCCCGUCCUCCUCAAACCAUCGCUGGACGCCUUCAAGAUCGCGCUCCACGCUGCCAACGUGGAUCCUCGUCGUACGCUGUUUCUGGAUGACAGCGUUCGGAAUAUUGCCGCGGGUAAAGAAAUGGGUCUGCAUACAGUUCUGGUUGGGAAGACAGUGAAAAGCAAGGAAGCGGAUUAUGCAGUGGAGUUUGUGAAUAACGUGGCGCAAGCGAUUCCGGAGAUUUGGGCAAACGAAAUGGACGGUGAAGAUGAAACGAUGACACGUACGAAAAGUGAGUUGGAGUCUGCGUUGGCCAUUGCUGUGGUUGGAGCUUGAAAACUGACCCUUUGUUUGGAUAUGGGAUAAGGCUUGACGUUGUACAUUCCCAACAAACCAACUAUCCAAACAAUUAAAAUAAUAGUGAAAUAACAAACAAGAAGACAAUAACAAUAAGUUACAUGGCCCAGACAAUUAUUUGCGUGUUAAUCGUGUGAAUAUUGUAGCAUAUUGUCUACGCGUCCUCUCAUCAAUAAAAUCUAUUUCUCUCUCUC